GUUUUAAUCCUGGGGUGCACUGGUGUAUCUUCCAAGAAGAAUAAAAAGAACAGACAACAUGUGCCCAGUAUUGCCUGUGAAGUUAAAGCUGGAAGAAUAGUCAAUCCUGAAUUCCUUGCAAAAUGUCCUCCUGGAUGCAAGGAUCAGAAAUAUCGUACUUAUGGCACAGACAUAUACGCCUCAUUCUCAACUAUUUGCUCAGCCGCCAUUCACAGUGGUGUCAUUGAUAAUUCUGGGGGGAAAAUUCUUGUUCGGAAAGUAGCUGGACAGUCUGGAUAUAGGGGAAGCUUCUCAAAUGGGAUACGAUCGUUGUCUUUGCCACGCUGGAAAGAGUCAUUUGUUGUUUCAGAGGGAAAAGGAAAGAAAGGUGUAACAUAUCCCGAUGUUCUAGAAUACGUGGAACCUAGAGAAAUCCCACAGAGAGAGGCACCAUCUCCAGUUAUUACCACAACUCAGUCAAUUGUUACUACUACCACACCUACUACAACUCCAGAACCUACAACUCCACAGCCUACAACAACUCCAAAGCCUACAACCACCCCCACAACUACUACUACUACCACCACAAACUACUACUACUACUACUACAACAGUCAGGACAAGACCUCCAUUGGUACGGGCAAGAGAUACAGCAGCAAGUAACAUACAUCCAGCGUUCACCUCAGUUGUUGCUGCUCAAUCAAGGCAAGCCAUGCCGGCUCCACAUGGAAGAGCUCCAAAUCAAGUUGUCAGGUCACCAGCUACUUAUGCAAGCAGUCGACAGAUAACCAGGAGUAAUCCAGGUGCCAGUAGAAUUCAGCAGAUUUUAGCUGAAAAGGCAAUUCAAGCAAAUCCAAGUGUGCAAAGACGUGACUGGCAAAGUCCUAGCCGAGGAAAUGUUCAAUUUGUGCAACGCAGACCAGUAGCUCCAGAAAGAAGUAAUGCAGCUCCAAAUACUGGACAGAGCUGGUCCUCAGACACACGUGAUACUCAAGGUUCACAGCGACGAGACUGGCAAACUCCAAGUCGAGUACAAGUCCCAACUGUUCAGCGUAGGCCAACAGGUCAUGAUACUGGUUAUAAUGCUCCCCCUGCUGUGCCUAACUGGUCUGCAGAAACAUAUGAAACUGAUGUUUCACAGAGGCGAGACUGGCAAACUCCAAAUUACCGAUUAAAUGUUCCCCCAGUACAGCGCAGACCAGCAGUUCCAGAAACCAGCAAUAUAGCUCCUCCUGCAGCUCCACUCUGGCCCACAGAAACCCGGGAUACUCAAGUUUCCAAUCCAAGGUCUAGCAUGUCAGAGUUUGACAGGUGGGUCUCCGGCUUCUCACAAAGCAAUUCCAGAAACACAGAUACGGACUCAACCUGGAAGGUUAUUGAAGAGGUACCAGAAACCAAAGUUCCAGUUGCAGUUCCAGUGCCAGUUCCAGUUAAACCUGAAGUUAAAACUGUAGAUGUAGAACCAGAUCCAUGGCGAGGGUUCUCAGAAGGAGGAGUCCCUGCCAAAGAAGAAGUGAACUCAAGACUACCAGUGGAAACAGUAGCCUUGGGAGGCAUAAACUGCAAAAUAGAUCUGGUGUUCCUCAUUGAUGGCAGCUGGAGCAUUGGCAAGAGACGUUUCAGGAUUCAGAAACUUUUUCUAAGCCAGAUGGUGGAUGCUCUGGAUGUUGGCAUUUCUGGACCUCUAAUGGGUAUUGUACAAUAUGGGGAUGACCCAUCAACAGAAUUCAGCCUUCGAUCAUACUUCAACUCUAAAGACCUAAGAAAUGCCAUUGAUAAAAUUCCACAAAAAGGAGGAUUUUCUAAUGUUGGAAAAGCUCUGUCCUAUGUGAACAAGAAUUACUUUUCCGAUGCCAGUGGGAAUAGAGGAGCAGCUCCAAAUGUGGCUGUAGUUCUUGUUGAUGGAUGGCCAACAGAUAAAGUGGAAGAAGCCUCUCGUCUUGCUCGGGAAUCAGGAAUAAAUAUUUUCUUUGUGACAAUUGAAGGUGCAGAUGACAAUGAAAAGUCUAGUGUUGUGGAACCAAACUUUGUAGAAAAGGCUGUAUGCAGGACCAAUGGUCAAUUUUCCAUCAAUGUUCCUAGUUGGUUUGGUCUCCAUAAAAUUGUGAACCCACUGGUGAAGCGUAUGUGUGACAUCGAUAAGUUAGUCUGCAGCAAGACCUGUCUUAAUGCUGCUGAUAUUGGGUUUGUCAUUGAUGGAUGGAUCUAGCAGUGUCGGUACAGGAAAUUUCCGCACAGUUCUGCAGUUCAUUGCUAAUAUAACAAGCGAGUUUGAGAUAUCGGACACAGACACAAGAAUCGGAGCUGUACAAUAUACGUAUGAACAGAGGCUGGAGUUUGGUUUUGAUAAGUACAGCACAAAGCAAGAUGUUGUUAAUGCCAUAAUGAGAAUCGGCUAUUGGAGUGGAGGCACAAGUACAGGAGCAGCCAUUACAUAUGCUUCUGAACAGCUAUUUAGCAAAUCAAAACCAAACAAAAGGAAGAUCAUGAUUGUUAUAACUGAUGGCCGGUCUUACGAUGAUGUCCGGGCUCCAGCUGCAGCUGCACAUCGAAAUGGGGUCAUUGCAUAUGCUGUUGGUAUUGCCUGGGCAGCCCAAGAUGAACUGGAAUCCAUUGCUUCUGAUCCAGAUAAAGACCAUUCAUUCUUUGUGGAUGAAUUUUGACAGUCUCUAUAAGUUCGUAGGAAAGAUUAUCCAGAAUAUUUGUACAGAGUAUAAUUCUCAACCAAGAAAUUAA